AUGCACGCCUACCUCAACGAGUUCCUCUCUAUUCUCAAGGACGCCGAGCAAUGCGACUUCACCAUCUCCGAGGAGGAGAAAGUCGGUCGUUUCCUCGCCGGCCUCAACCCCAACCACUUCGAGGACAUCACCAACAUGAUCAUGUUGUUGCAGAACACGUCGGACACGGCCAUCUCAUUUGACGCCUACGUCAACGUGUUCACCAAGAUGACCUCCAGGCAAGCCACCGGCGAGGCAAUGGACUCCAACCCAGUCUACUACUCCUUCUCCUCCGAGCCAGCGCCCCGCCAGACGUCAUACGCGGGGGCCCGCUUCGGCCGCGAUGCUAUUUACCAGUCGCGCCCUUCCUCUUACAACACCGCCCCCCGUCACGCCUCUCAUGAUCACUCGCACCCGCACCACUCGCACGCACAAGGCAACCUUCCUCUCCAGCAGACCGACAACAACAAGCAGUGCACCUGGUGCGAGAGGGUUGGACACACCUACGCCGAGUGCCGUCAGCGCCUGCAGGGGCGCCCGUCCAAGCGCAUGAUGAUCCGAGGUGGACAGCUCGAACUUCAGAAGUGGCAGGAGCGCCAGAAGCAGGCCGCUGGCAACGCGCACAACCAGUACCAAGCGCGCCCGCAGCAGAAGGCCGUUCCUGCGCAGCCCCAGCAGGUCAUUCCCCAGCAGGCGACCGCGCCCGCUGCGACUCAGAGCGCCCCCAUCCACGUCACCGAGGAGGUCCAGCAGGUCCCCUUCGACUACGGCGUUCCCCUGGUCGAUGACCUCAUGGACCCCGAUCUCGAGCAACAGGCUGCCACCGCUCAGGAUGGCAUUGGUGAGGUAAUCAACUACGUUGACGACGCCUAUGACAACUACGACGCCCCCUACAGCUCGCAGGAUUUUGAGCAGGGCGCCGUCAUGUCUGUGACCCGUGACGGUGCCGCGCCCUCCCCCGCGGUCACCUCUGCCGACUGGCAGACAACUGCUCAGCAGUCUAUUGUCAAUAACCUGUCCAUUAUUCCCACUGAAUUUGUCCUGGACUCUGGCGCAUCAUCGCACAUUGUCAGGGACCCUCGUCUCCUUUCCAACAUUCGCCCUGUGCGGCCUAUCACCUUCACCUCCGCCGCUCUCGAUCAGAGCUUCAUGUGCGGACGCGCAGGCACACUCACCAUCCGAUUCAACCCUGUCACCGUGGCCCUCGUCCACAACGUCUAUCUCUGCUCCAAGCUAAGCAGAAACCUACUGUCAGCGAAACGUCUGAUCGACAACAAGUGGGUCGUCCUGCUGAACAACGACGAGGUGGUCUUCCGAGGUGUCAAAGUCGCCAUCAACUGGCCCAAUCAAAUUGCGGUCAUUCGCCUACACGCUCAGCGCAGCGACCCGCAUCUCAUCCUCGCCGCCGAACAUUUCGGCAACCCUCUCGUCGAUUCUCCGAUCCGCAAGUCUCCCCUGCACGUGCUGCACGAGCGCCUUGCCCACACAUCCAGAACAGCUCUCCUCCGCCUCGCCAAGGACGGCAGGAUACCCUUGUCUCACAAGGCGGCGCAAGAGGAUCCGCUCAAGAUCACCGACUGCUACUCCUGUGUGGCGGGCACGCUGUCUCGGAUUCCUUCCCUUGGCACAGGCCAGCGCGCUCCUUCAGCCCAAUCCGAGACACUGCAGUGCGACUUCGCCGGGCCGUUUACUCCUUCCGAAUCGGGCCACUACAGUCAAAUGCUGUUCAUGAAGACAGACUUCACCAACAUAGGCUUCUCCUUCCCAUGCCUGAACAAGGGCCAGGACGUCAUGCUGAAACACCUCGGCUUCGUCCUACGUCAUCUGCAGCUCAGAGGCGUCAACGUGGUGCUGGUCUGCGCCGACAACGCCUUUGACCUUCCUCUAGUCCGCCAGCUCUGCACCUCCCGCGGCGUGGCAAUGCGCUUCUCGCCCCCAUACGAGCACAACGUGACCGGUCAGAUUGAGCGCUUCAUCGGCAUUGCCAAGACUCGCGCUCGGGCUGUUAUGCUGGCCACUCCUUUCCCCUCGCGCUUUUGGGACUUCGCCAUCAACUAUGUCGUGGACGUAAUCAAUAUGACCGCCGACUCCGGGGUCCCAGGCAAGACCCCCUGGGAGAUCUGGACCGGGAGGCCACCCAAUCUUCCCAAGAUCCGCCAAUUUGGCGAAUUCGUCUCAGUCCACAUCAGCCUGGACACCGGACACAGGGCGAAGAACGCGCUCGCCCAGCCGGUGAACCAGUUGGCACGCCACCUGGGCUUCGCGCGCGAGUCAUCGGCGUACAAGGUCCGCCUCGAGGUGAACGGCCACAUCCUAACCACCGCCCAAGUCAGGUCGGGUCCUCCCUAUCCCCUCUCAACACCGCUGCGCCUGUAA